AUGUCACAUAGCAAGACGAUUACGAAUGAGCUUCUUGGCAAGACAAACUGGCCAAAAGUCAAGGAGAAAUUUCUUGAAAAGGGCGACGAAGAAGUAAGGGAGUUGAUCCAAGCAAUCGCGGACAACGCGGCUGCUAGAAGCGCACUGAAUAAAGAGAAGCAACCUGCAGCAGAAGGCAUCAAAGCCUCCUCUGCAUCAUCACAAACCAAGCAGCCCUCUACAACAGUCGCCAAGAAGAUGGGCCCCGCCGAUCUCGUAAAGAAGAAGCCAUCAUCGGCUACUCGAGUCUCUUCCGAGCCUGCUUCUGCGAAGCGACCUCGCGAUGAAGAACCAGAUUCAAGAAACGUCAAGAAACUCGCUGCCGAGCCACCCACGACUUCAUCUGCACAAGGCACCAUCAAGCCCCCCACCUCCAAAUCUGCAAGUACCGCAAAUCCCGCUCCUUCCUCGCAAGGCAAGAUAUGGUCUGGAUCCGCGCUCCUUCCUGGCAAAUCGAAGCCGGUUGCUAAGCCAGCUCCUAAACCUGUUCUCACGAAAGGAGAUGCCACUAAACCGGACAUGGCAAAACUACCGUCCUUCAAGAAAUCCGACCCAGCCAAGAUCAAGAAGCCCGAUCUUUCUAGGAGCGAUGCAUCUCAGUCAAGCUCGUCCAAAUUGGGUGCCUUGCUAGAGGAGAUUUCCAAGCCUAAAGCUGCUAAGGCUGCGCAAUCGGUGGCAACACCUGACUCUGGCAAUGAAACACCAGAGACCCCAGAGGAGAAACAGCGUCGUCUUCGUAGGGAGCAGCGUCGCAAAUUGCGGGUCAGUUGGAAGGAAGGCGACGAGUUGACACAGGUCCGCAUCUUUCACAAGGAUAUUGGCGAAGAUGAAGGCCGAGCUGGAAAUAUGAUCCGAGACGCCCGCGAUGACCGGUCAGAAGGCAUGGUCCUCAAGCAAGGCAUGAAGCUUGAUGAGGAUGAGGAAGAGGAGAUUCCCUAUCGUCCGUGGUUCGAGCCUCUUGGAGUCAGCUUCGCCACUAUUCCAGAGGACAAGCGAGAAGAUUCAUUCCUUAAUCGCGGUGGUAAUAAAGCCAUUCGCACUCCGCAACAGGAUUAUAUUGCCGAACGAGAGAACCGCGAGCUUAUGGUCAUCUAUACUGACCCAGCCGAUAUUCCUCCAACCCCGAAGUCGCCGCCUCCGCCUUCUCAGCAGGACCGCGACAAUGCCACUUCUGCAGGGGUCUCCGUUGUCAACAGCGUUGCCGAUCAUCAAGAAAUUCAGCGCAGAUGGAACGAGACCGCUCAUAUGGGUCUUUCCUGGGCCUUGUACAAUGCUGUGCGAAGAGUGGAAGAACAAAAGGCAUCUCAUGGGCAGCAAUCGUCCGGUUCCGACAUUGAUGCCACGGCUCUUCUCAACAAUCUGGGCUCAAUGGCUCAGCAGAACUCCCAAGGCUCUGCGCAGCAACUAAGCCGAUCUGCAGUGCCGGACCCUCACGCGACCGCGGCAUCAAGAGAUGCGCAGGUCUAUGCACUGCUUACUUCUGACAAGCUCAAGCAGUGGGUAGACCCGGAUCCGUACAACCCCACUUAUCCCAAGACCCAUAGACGAAAUGACUAUGCGACUCCAGAGGUGCAGAAAGCCGCAGAUGCGGUCGAGGCGGUUGUUGAACAAUUGCGCGGCAAAUCAUUCCCGCCUACAGAGCCUCCAGCCUGGCUCACCGGCGACCAAACUAGGAUCGAUGAAUGGUAUUACGGCUUUAACAAGGACAGGCAGCGUGCUCAUGAGGAGCAAUCUCGGACGCAAAAUGCCCCUGCCCAACUCUCUCAACCUCAAGGCACGGCACCUGCUAGCAUGGCAAAUAAUCAAGGCGAUAUGGCUGCGAUUCUCGCAUAUUAUGCACAAUUCAACCAGCCACAGAACCAAGCUACGAAUCAGCAACAGGAUGCCUGGGCCCAGUACUACCAAUCCAUGUAUCAACAAGCCCAACCUGUUCAACAACCUCCUGCCGGACAAAUCUCAGCCGACCAGACGCAGUUACAGGCGUUAUUGUCGGCUCUGGGUUCUGGGCAACAAGGAGCACCAGCACCUGCUGCUGCUAACGCUGAUCCUCAGCUACAAGCUCUCUUGGCUGGACUUGCAACUUCACCUCAAGUUUCACAACCAUACCAGAACGCACAGGCUGCAAGUGUGCCCAACCCCAACGAUCCUAAUUAUGCAGCUUACAUGACGGCAAUGGCACAAUGGGCGGCUGGACAACCACAAUCGAACAACAACGCCCAGGCUGCCAGUGCUCCAGGCUACGAUCAACAGCGCCAGCAAAAACCCCAGACAGCAGGCUCUCGAUCUACCUCCGGUUCCCAUGCAGGAGCCAAGUCAUCAACCUCUAACAACAACACCAUCCCACCUCAUCUCCGUGGCAUUAAUCGUGAUAAGAUCGGUACGAAGCCCUGUGUUUUCUGGGCAAACGGAACCUGUAACAAGGGCGAUAAGUGCACUUUCCGUCACGACUAG